CACGAGCGUGUUGUAGGCCGCGCGGCGCUGCCGUCGCUUCAACGAAAAUAAGUCGCCGCGCGCGCAGUUAUCGCCCGGCUCCGCGGGUAUUCGAACGAAAUGCGCCCUCAAUAUGGGCAGCAACUGUUGCAAAGGCGAUGCCGGCGGUAGACCUAUCAGGUCUAACUCCUCUAUAUACAGCAGGAGUCGCGCUGGAGCGUCGUUAGACGAACGGUUCACGGCGACGGAUGACGCGGGCGGCGUCCGGCUGACAGUAUCUGCGGCACGGACUGGAGACACCAAUGUGUACACAUUGCAAGCUAGUAAUGCAGCCGGGAGCGACACGAGUCGAGUCCGGCUGGAGGUGAGUGCAGAUGAAGCCCCCACGGGAGAGGAUCCCCCUACCUUCCUGCGACGUCUGCAGGACCUGACCGUGAAGGUCGGGACGAGGACGCGGUUCCUCGUUGAGAUCGUCAGCUCUACUGAGUGUAAGGUGACAUGGUUCCGCAACGAGCGUCGCUUGUUGGAAGCGGAGCGGGUGGCUCUGGCCCGCGAUGGCAACUUCUGGUGUGCUGACGUGGCUGCCGUCAGCGUCGACGAUGCUGGCCGAUGGACCUGCACUGCUGAGAACGCCGGCGGCAGGGCCAGCUGCUCCGCGCAUCUUAAUGUGCUUGUACCGAAGGCGUACAAGCGGCCUGAGUUCGUGGAGGAGCUGCGAGCACUCCUCACGGAGCAGGGGACUGUGUCACUCGAGUGCAAGGUGGUGGGGGUACCCACGCCGGUGCUGAGGUGGUUCAAGGACAGUCGCGAAAUAAAGGCAGGAGAUGUGUUUGCCCUCACGGCAAAUGCUGAAGACCCUACGUCUCUCGGCACGUACACUUGUGAGGCCGUCAACUGCAUGGGCAGGGCCUACUCCUCAUCCAAGGUCCACGUGGUCGGACGUGGCAGCAGGGAGGGAUCUCUUAGACCUAGCUCCAGCUUAGCUCCAGAGCCGCCUCCGAUCUUCACGAAGGAGCUGGAAGACCAGUUCGUGAGGAUCUGCGAGCCUCUGACCCUCGGCUGCCACAUCGUGGUGCCGCCCUGGCCGCGCAGCGUCGUCUGGUACAAUAAGGAAGGAAAAGUGGAACCCAGUGAGAGGUACCAUGUGCUGGAAGACGGCGCUGGCGGGUAUCUGCUGGAAGUGCCGAGUGCUGAGUGGCCGGACGAGGGGGAGUGGAAGUGCGUGGCCACCAGCUCUGGUGGUCGCAUCGGCAUCUCCACCUGCUAUGUUACCAUGGAUGUGCCCAAAAACUAUCGGAAACCAAGAUUCAUGGAGAACUUACAAGCAGUGCUGACAGAAGAAGGGCUGGUGUCCUUCGAAUGUAAAGUUGUGGGCUUCCCCACACCAGUACUCAGCUGGUUCAAGGAUGGCCAGGAGUUGAAGCCUGGAGACGUCUACCAGCUCACAGGCACCAACUCCUUAGGAUCCUACUGUUGUAUAGCAAGGAACUGCAUGGGACAAGCCAGUAGUUCUGCUGAACUGACCGUGGAAGACAUCCAGAACCAGCUGAACGAAGAAGAGAAGCUACAACUGUUCUCUAAGAACCAGGCUCCAAAGUUCAUUCAGGGAUUGAAGAGCAUUGAAGCGAAGAUUGAUGAGCCAUUCCGUUUUAUAGUUAAAGUCGCCAUUCCGCCUGAACCGUCGGUACUGUGGUACCGAGACGACCAGCCGGUGGACGAGUCAUCUCGCUGCCAUCACGGCCGGGAAGACCGCGGGGUGUUCUACCUGGACAUCCAAAGCCUCGAAUUCCUCGACCAAGCCGAGUGGAAAUGUGUCGCCAUGAACGAUUUCGGACAUAGCGUCACCUCAUGUUUCCUUAAAUUGAUCAUACCCAGACAUUAUAAAAAACCAAGAUUCUUAGAAAAUCUUCAAGCCAUCUUAUCUGAUGAAGGCGCAGUAAACCUUGAAUGUAAGGUCAUCGGUGUCCCACAACCUGUCCUUAAAUGGUACAAAGACGGCGAGGAAUUAAAACCUGGUGAUAUUCAUAGAAUUAUAUCAGGACAAGACGGCACUUGUUGCCUGGGAACUUACACUUGUGAAGCGCAGAAUUGUAUGGGUAUUGCCGCUAGUUCUGCCUCACUUCUAGGAUUUGAUGAUUCAAUGAAAGCUAAAAAGAAGAAAGCAGAAGAACAAGCUUUACAAAGGAAUUUGUCUCUUAGUACAAUUCAUGAAGAAAGAACCUCGCAGAUGUAUGAUACGCCCGUUGGUGACGUCACUACGCUCGACGAUAAAGGAGAAAUUUCUUUCUCAUUUGAUGGCAAAGAAGUGUCUGUUUCUCUUUAUGAAACUCCUGAUUUGACAGAAGAAGAAGCUUUACAAAUUGUCGAAAUGUACGCGGAUCAACUAUCAGAAAAUAUUACUGAACACAAUGUGGUGGAACUUCCUCCAUUACGAUUUGUAAAAGAAACAUCUACAUCUGGUAAUUUAUUAAUGGAAGCAGUUAUUAUUGACGUUUCGCCAGAAUAUUUUGUAUCUCCUGAUGAAGAUAUGCGUACAGAAGCUGAUAUCGAUGACAUUUCGAUAGCAGAUGAGAACGGCCUUCCUCAACUAUCACUCGAUCAAGAUAUAGAAAUUGGUGGAGAGGAUUAUUUAGAAAAAACAAUGGCUUUACUGUCAGAAGAAAAGUCAGAUUUAUCUCUUAAAUUCGGAAGGAAGAAGUCAGAUUCUCAAAGAAGCGCUGAUGAUUUUUUCAGCUUGUCUCGUGACCAAUCAUUGUCAGAAGAUAAAAAAGAUGACGAUACUCAAGCAAUCUCUGAUUUACAAAGCUUUGCUAGCGCACACAGUACUAGUAAACCAAAAUCAAAAUCAUCAAAACCAUCUGGAGACGAUGGUCAAGAAUUCUCAGAGCCCACAAAAACUAUUUUACUCAAGGAUGAAGCUAUAAAACACUCGUUGGAUGCUGAGCCAUCUCCUGUCGUAAAACCUAAACGAGAGCGACGCACGAGUCGCAGCUCCAGGAGAUCUAGCUCUGGCAGUGAAAAAUCGGUAAGUAAAUCGAGAGAAGAAGGUCUUAAGAAGAAAGAAUCAAUAGAAAUUGAAGCUCCCAAGAAACCUAAACUAACUGAUGAAGAAUUUAAAAAUAAAAUGGUCAAUAUUAGCACCUCAUUGACGAAAGUAAUAAAUGAUGUUCAAAUAAUUGAAAGGGAUAUAAUACUUAAAUCAGAACUCAUGUCAUCAGCUGCAACAGCUUCCAGAAGCUUGGAAAUUAUUAGUAGUCUAAUAUCUCCAAUAUCAGAAAUACAUAGUAUUACUGAUGCUGCUAAAGAAUCGGUUUCAGAGUCCAAAGAAGUCAGCAGUACAUUAUUCAAUAACUUGCCUCAGCCACUUAAAGCUCUUCAUCAAUCACUCACUAUCAUUGAAAAAUGUAUAGAUAUGGAAAGUGACAGUAAAACUCUUGUCAAAAAAACCUGUGUUGCAUUUAUUGAAACUUGUGGCAGUGAAGUACAAAAAUGUAUUUCAGAUAUCAAUUCUGUAACCGCUACAGACUAUUUACUGACUGAAGACAAAAUCCUAACAGAAAUUGAAUCAUUAAAUAAUGAAAUGAUUACUGCUAUUAAAUUUUCGGCGGAUACCAUAAAAGCUCGAAACUUGCUAAGCGAAGCCAGUGAAAUAAAAGUUGAUGAACCUUCUCAAGAAGUAAAACAUCUUAGAGAUACGCAAAAAGCGGUAUUCGAAUUAAAAAGUCCUCUUAUGUCUCUUCUCUGCAUAGCUGAAAGUGCUGAUAGUGGUAAAAUUGCAGAUACUGCUAAAGUUUCUAAUAGUGAAGUAAUACUCAAUGAUAUGUCCGCCUCUAUACAAGAUCUGCAAACAGCUUUGGAACAAAUCGAAACACUAUCAGUAAAAGAAUCAACGACGUCCUUACAUAAAUACAACACUGAAAUUAUUGAAACAGUGAUGGAGUCUGUUGUUAAAUUAAGAAGUUCGUUCGAACAAUUAUCCACAGAAUCUGAAGGCGAAGAUAAAGCGGUUCUGAAACAAGCAGUGGCUUCAAUAAAGGAGAACCUUAAUAAAAUAUCAUCUCAAAUAGAAGUCAUUGAAAACAGCGUUGGUACUUUUGACAUUUUACAAAGUGAAAACAAGUUAGAUGCACUACAAAAGAUGGCUCAAAUUCUUAUAGCAUUAGAAAACAAUCUACCAAAACUAGAAUCCAUGCCAGAAGUUAAGAACCACAUGACUAUGUUCCAUAAAAACUUGACCAAAGUAUUAGAAAAUGUAAUAGAGAGUAACGAAUCUAAAAAAUACUUUACUCUUAUGGAAAUCUGUGACGCUGUGAACAGAAUUAACGCUUCUAUUAAGAAUCUUGAUACUGAUAACGUCUUACCUUUAGCUAGCCUAAACAAUACGUUAAGAAUAAUUCAAGAUCAGUUCAUCACAAACGUAUUUGAUUCUGAGCUCAACUGUGCUCUUCUCACAAACAUUGCUGAUACCUUAGUUGGAAUUCAGGAAUGUAUUAAUACAGCUGAAGAAACUAGUGUACAAAUUGAUUCCGAGCACGUUCAAGAUAUUGCUUCCCAUAAAUACGAUGAAACCAAAGCCAAAGUUCUUGUCGAACAUAUCGAACAUGCAAUAGCAGCCAUCGAAAAUAUAAAGGCAAUAGAAUCGACUCAAGAUUUAAAGACGAGCAUUGCUCCUACAUUGGUAACCAUUUGUCCUGUUUUAGAAGAACUCAAACGAAGUGUUGCCUCUACUAAAGCCAGUGGUGUAGAUGAAGAACAUAUUUCUGAUAUUUCAGAUGUUUCAUCAUUUGCCCAAACCUUUGCUACACCACUUUGUGAAUUAAAUCAAAACCUUAUUGUUCUAAACCAACAAAUAGUGGAAAAUAUUGAAAGUCUUAAGCAAAACAGUGAAGCUGCGAGUACAAUCGCUGAACCUCUUCACGAAUUACAUACAACAUUAGAAAUCUUACAACAGGAUGUAAUUUCUCAAUACGGUGAAGAUGUUGUACCGUACGACGUCAGCGUCAACAUGGCUAGUGCUGUUCAAAAUCUGCAAAGUUGUAUUGUGAUGAUACAAGAACAAGCGGGUGUUGAAGCGGCAGACGAGAUGUCCACUCUAGAAGAUAUAUCAGGAAUAAAGACAACUGCAGAAACUAUUCCAUCUGAUCGGUUGGUGCUACCAGCUACCGAGGAAACUGCUGUGGGACAGACGACUCUGCCAUUCAACCAAGAAUUACAAACAACGGCUACAGCUCAAGCACUACAAACGUUGAAUGAACACAUCACUGUUUUACAAAACCCAGAAAUUAUUGAUGCUCUGGACACUUUAUCUGAAGUUAGUGAUUAUUCUAGCUUAAAAUCAUUUGUUAUAGGCUUAGGUGAACUUCACUCUGGAAUUGAAGAAAUACUACAUCCCCUACUUAUGGAAGGAUCCAAUGAGAUAACUAAUUUAAUAAAUCCUUCAAAACUUAUGGCUAUUGCUGAACCUAUGCAAGAGCUACAGCAAAGUUUGUCGGUGUUAGACACAAGUAACAUUCCAAUUUAUGAAAAUUUAUUAGAAAUGCCGACGGAAAGAAUACAUUCCGUGAUUCAGAACGUAUCUGAAUUUAAAGAGCAUUUAGAUAAGUGUAUGCUCGCUAUGUUCCCUGCUAUGCAUACUGCUGACAAUACUGUCGAAAUAGCAAAUAAAGUCGGUGCAUUGAGAGAAGUUUGUGAGCAUUUAAAAGACAUUAUUGAAACUACCAAAGCUGAAGAGCAAAUUGCUAUCCCAGAAGAGGUUAAAGCUUUGGAACGGACAGUUGAAAGUUUAUUAGAUGCCACUGAUGUUUCUAAAGGAAUCAAAAUUGAUCAAGUUAGGUGCAUUACAGAAGAAUUAUACGAAAAAGUGGGCGCAGUACAAGAGGAACUUAUUCAAUUUACUCCUCAAGCUCCAGAGAAGGUGGCACAAGAAGCAAAAUUAAUUCAAACUAUUGACGAAGUCCAAAACAAUAUCGCUGUAUUGGAACAAUAUGAUUUUGUAGACCUUUCUCAUGUCUCUGAUUUGACUUGCACUUCUCCACAAAUGGCAGCUGAAAUUGAAUCUGACUCUUUGAUGCUAAUGGAAGAUAUAGUAGACAGUGCAGUGAAUGUUGUGCAAGAUUCCACACAAGAUAUGCCAAUUGCUGAUCAAAUGAUUGUAGAAGAUUUCUAUAAGACAUGUAAAAGUGAAUUUACAAUCAUGCGCUGUCUGAUAUCUAAAGCUACAUCUCACAAAAAGAUAAUUAGAUUGCUGCAACAAUUCAACUCUUUACAAAGUACAAUUAAUGACUUUAAAGCAAAAAAGUCGGAAUUAAACUUGACAGAUGAUGUCAAUGGGUGUUUAGCUACAUUUCUGAUCCACGCUGAAGAUUACAUGCAAAAUGUACGAACUUGUCUCGAAAAAAUUGUCAAAUCUCAAUCAAACCUUUUGGUCGAAGCUCCUUUAUCCAAGUUUGAAAACUCUGCUCUAAUACUACAAACAGUAAAAGAAACUAAGCAUGAUGAGCAAUUAAUUGAAACUGUAAACAAGUUUGUUGAAAUUUUAGAAAUUGCUAAACCAUCUUUACAAUUUGUUCAAACUGACAUUCUCGAUGAAAUCAGAUGUACUAAAACCGAUGUAGUUGAAAAUAAUACAUUACCUAAUAUGAUUGAAGAAUUUGCAACAUACGUUGAAACAAUAAAAAAGAAGAAUAAAGAUAUCAUUGCAAAAGAGAUACUAGAUAAAGUCACAUAUUGUAUCGAAAAACACAAUGACUAUAAAGACGCAACUGGUACUGGCAAGGCAUUGAUAUUACUCAAGUGUUUAUCCGACUGCACGGAUAUAUUACAAGAAGGUUUGUUAGAAGUAAAAAUACCAAAACACAAAUUAGAAGAAGGUCCUUUGAAGGCAGUUUUGACAGAAAUGUUGGAACCGCUCCAAGCGCUACAUAAUCAAUUGACAAAUGUUCAAGAACAAGUGCUUAAAGGUGUUGACGAAGACUCAAUAUCAGUCGACAUUACUACUACGGAAUCUCUGGUUCAAACUAUGACAGAAAAACACAAGGAAAUGAUGGAGAGAAUGGAAACGGAGGAAGCCAUUGCCAAUGAAGAAAUAGCCUUAGUCAUGGAAGUAGAUAAAGAGAUACACUCUAUAAAUGACAGUUUGCGAUCGAUUGAAGGCGUGCAUGUUGGCCAGGUUGUUAAAGAAAUUACAAAGCCAGUGGAAGAUAUUGAAAAAUCUAUGCAUGUUAUUUUAAGUUCAGAAAAAGCCAACGUUUGCAGUGAAGAUAAACUUCCUACAGACAAAGCUAAACAAAUUAUUCAUCACAUCGAUCAAUAUAUAGAGUUGAUCGAAAUUGUAGAAGAAAUAUCAGCUAUCAUUAAAAUUGAUGACAUAAAGGAAACUAAGGAUAUUGCCAAAGAGCUUCGCGAAAGUAUUGUGGCAUCGGAAAUGAUUGCUCAAGGAGAGCUAAGCCAUGAAAAUUUGACAGAAGUUCGUCUAGAACAAAACAAGUUAGCGAAGAAACUCCAAACAGCACUGACUGCAUUGCAAGUUCAAGUCUUCGAGCGUGCUCAAGAACUAGCACCUGAACUUAGUACAGAAGUUUUGCAGCGAAUUGCUCAAGUUACCGCUCAAUUACAAGCAGACUUGGUCGCUGUUACUGGUGUUCGAGUAGCAGUACAAGCACCUAACGAAAAUGUAGAUGAAAGCGUUCAUACUAUUGAAUCUGUGGAAGCCCACUCUGCCGUUGCUACCUCAGAAUUAGCGACGGCAGCUGCAGGAUCCGAAUCAACUAUUAUAGAGCAAACUGGAGUAGUUGAUCAAUUAUCAUCUUCAGAGCAGUUAGUUGUAACUACAGAAAUGUUAGCUAAGACAAUUGCUGAGACUAAAGAAAUUGUCGCCUCAGAAGAAGUUAAACCUAUAUCAACGGAAAUAGUAACUGAGAACAUUCUACCUGAAACCGAACAAGCCCUAGCUGUUGAAGGCACAGAAACUGUAGUUAUUGAACAAACCGAGUCCGUUACAACGAAAGAAGUUCCUAAAGAAGAUGCAAAGUUAAAUGUAUCAGAAACAGAUCAAGUCCAAGAAGUAACAAUUACAGAACCCUUGAAAACGGAAUCUGUAAGUGCCGUUGUCGUUGAAGAUAUGGGACCAGAGCUGCAUGAAGUUGACGAGAAGCUAGCUGAUGUUGGACCAAGUCAAACAGCAGAGAUACUCGAGGCUCCUAAGGCAACCAUAGAAAUGUUAGUUCAGCAUAUAGAUCAAUUUAUAUCUGAUGAUUUAACAGAAUUGAUAAAUGAGCUAUCGAACGUCAUUAACGUUGACGAAUUGAAACAAACGAUUGGUAUUGCUAAAGAACUGCGUGAGAACAUCACUGCUUCUGAAGUCGAAUUAAAAGCAGAAACAAGUGAUGUUCCAAAGGAUGAAGUUAAUACACAAUAUGCAAGUCUAGCUCAAAAACUAUAUGAGGCUCUAACGGCACUUGAAAAUGUAUCAUUAGAGACUGCAGCUGAAGGCACUUCAGUCAACAAAAACGCGUUACAACGUGUAACAACAAUCACUGAAAAUCUACGAGCUGACCUGGUGGCAGUAACUGCAACCCAAGACAUUCUUGAUCAAACUAAAGGAGCAAAACCUGAUCAAAUCACCGCGGAUGUCGCUCAAGUUAAGGUUCCUGAGAUUGAGGCUGGUCAAGUAGCUUCUGUUGAAAAAGAAGUUCUAAGUGCCCCCAGUAAAAUUGCCGCGGAACCCAAUUUGAUUGAAGAUGAAGCUGCAACUGCUGAAAUACAGCAAUUAAUUCAGCAAGCUGUACAAGAAGAAAGGGAGAAAGGAUAUAAAACCGAAAUCGACGUGCCUGGCGAAAUUGAUAGCAAACUCGUUAAAGCAUCAGCCGUUACAGAUGGCGAACCUGUCUCUGUAGAAGAAGCGGUACCAAGGGAAGUUAAGGCUUUGCCGGUAGAACAAGCAACAAUGAAAACAGAAGAACCUCUUGGAAAAGCAACUACAGAAACACUGUUACAAAACAUCAAUGAAUUCCUCUCAGACGAAAACAUUAAAACUAUCGAUCAAAUAUCUGCAAUCGUGAGUGUUGACGAGUUAAAACAAUCGGUAGCCGCUGCGAGUGAUUUACGUGAAAAUAUUCAAACAAUCAACGAAAUUACUCCAGAAAAUGUAGAAGUUCUCCUGAAACUGCAAAACGCUCUAACUGUAGUGCAAGUACUUGCUUCGGACUCUACCAACGAGCUUAGUCAAGUAGUCGAAAAAGAUAAGUUGCAACAAGUGGCUGCUUCUAGCACCGACUUAUCAUCAGGAAUUACAGUUGUUAUCUCUCAAGUUCUUGAGCAGCAAGAUUCUUUGGGCGAAAAGAGUAUAGUUGCAAGCCCAGCUGUUACUGAAGAGAAGGCUAUCCAACAAGCUGAGAGUAUAGAAGAUGUUCCUGUUGUAGCUGAAGAAGAAUUGAAACAGGUUGAAGAAGUUGAAGUUCAGACUGCAGUUGCAAUGACUGAUGUAGUUGAUGAAUCUAAGGAAGAAAGUCUAGAGACAUUAAAAGACAUAGAUGUUUCGUUAACAGAUACUGCCAAUGAGGAACAGUCUAAAGAUUUACAAUCACCUGUCGCUGAGCACGUUGAAGUGAUACAAGAUAAUGUAAUACAAAAAGAUGAAACUUCUGAAGAUUUAAGUAAAGUACCGCUCGUGACAGAUGAAAGUAAAACAACAGAAGGCGAUAAGACUAAUCUUUUACCAAAGGAAAUUGAUACCGACACAGAAAAGGCUAUCUCGACCCAAGACGAGAAAGCUACUGAAAUUUCAAUUCUAGAAGUCAGUGAACAGGCUGCUGUUGUUACUGCUGAAGAAGUAAAACCAGUUGAAGCUUUGAGUAACGUUUCUUCACCAGAACAACUUAUCGCAGUGGGUAACGAGAAUACUGUUUGUAUCGAAGAAGAUAAGAUAUUACCCAUAAAUGAAGAUAAAAUAAACGAAUGUGCAACAGAAAUAGUAGAACAUGUUGAUGAAAAAGUUUCGCAACAAGAAAUAGUAGAGACACAAGACCUAAUAACAGAAAUCGGUGAUGUACAACCUCCUAAAGAAGACGAUAAUGCAAUUGCUCUGAUUCCAGAAGAAGUAGUUGAAAAACCAAUAAAAGAAGUUGUUGAAGUUAAACCUACUGAAGCAAUAGUAGAAACAAAACAACCAAAAGAAGAUAGUGCACAAAUACCACAAGAACAGCUUGAAGAAUCUUCUACAACCGCAGAAAAAAGCAAAGAACCUGUACCAGUACCAGCUUCUGCGAUCGAAUCGUCUGCAGUUCAGGAACAGGAUAAACUUGAUAAAUGUCUACCAACUGAUGCCGAAGCAGAACAAAUAGCAAGUGACACAACUUCGAAAGAAAUUGUUCAAACUGCUGAAGUGACAGAAACAGCGCAAGUUGAGCAACUUCUAGAAGAACCAUGUUCAGAAGUAAUAGUUUCUCAAAUUGAUUCUGAUACAGACAAUAUUAAACAAGAAAAGGUAGAAAGCCUGACUACAGAAAAUGAUCAGAUUUCUACUAUUGAAGUAGAAAUUAAAUCAGAAACAGAAAAAACAGAAAGCAAUGUUGCCCAAGAAUCUCUCGAACAGCUAACUAGUGAAAAUCUUGAAGCUACACCUAUUCAGCAAGAACUAAUUUCUGAGGUCAUAGCUGUCGAGGCUGUAGAACAGCAAAAUCUAACAGAAACUAAAGAAACGGUAAUAAGUGAAACAGUUUCAGAACUUACCCCAGACGCAAUGUUGGCAUCAGUUGCAAGCUCUGAAACAGUUCAGUCUCAAGUUUUACUGGAGGAAAAUGUGACGACGUCUAAAUUACCUGAACCAUUGCUAGAAAAACCAAAUGAAAAUGAUGUUGCUAAUCAAGGGCUAGCGGUUGAAAGUCCUGAAGUAGUAGAAGAAACUAAGUCACAAACACUCGUUUCUGAAUCGUUGCCUAAAGAAACACCAGUUUCUGAAACAGAGCCUGGAGAGACACAAGCAGCAAAUGAUAUAAUUUCUAAGCCUGAUCAAGAAGAUGUUAAAACUUCUAUAACUGAUACAGCUUUGGCUCAAGCUACAGACGUUGUUGGAACAUUGUCAGAAGUAGUGAACGCAGAAGAUCAGAAACUUACGACUGAUAUUGAGUUGAAAGAACAAAAACCACUAGAUGAAGAAAUUAAAGGUGGGUCAGAAAGCACGGAAGCACUUUCAAUGGGAAAUAAACUCGUUGCUGAAACUGCUGUAGAAUCCAAUCAAUCAGAACUACAUGAGUUUGGUAAAGAAGUUGUAGUAGAAGGUGAAUCACAACUGACUGAUAAUAACCAAGAAUCAGAACCUAUUGAACUACCAUCUACACCCGAGGUUAAAUUGGCUGAAGAGCCAACUGACUUAAGCAAAUCUUUAUCAUCUGAGGAAGUUCCAACUCAAUCUGCAGAAGAAAAUAAAGUAUCUCAAAUCGAAGAACAAAAACAAGAAAUUGAAGUUAUUGAAUCAGAAACGGUAGAGAUUGUAGCUAAUGAAAGCACGCAGCCUUCUGAAGCAGCUGUAGAAGUAAAGCAACCAAGCCUAGAAGAGUUUAGCAAAGAAGUUGUGCAAGAAUCUCUCCAGCAACUGACUGAUGAAAGCCAAGAAACUAAAGCUAUCGAACAACCACCAGUUUCUGAAGUCAAAUUGGCUGAAGAACACAAGGAAUCUCAAGUCGAAGAACAAAAGCCACUGGAACAAGAGAUUGGAGGUAUCAAACCAGAAAUGAUUGAAACUCCGGCUAAUGAAAGCACACAGCUUCCUGAAACAGCGGUAGAAGUGAUACAACCAGAGCUAGAAGAGUUUGGCAAGGAAGUUGUACAAGGAUCUCUUCAGCAACUGACUGAUGAAAGUCAAGGAACUAAGGCUAUCGAACAACUACCAGUUUCUGAUACAAAGGUGACUGAAGAAAAAACUGAGACAGACAAACUUGUGUCAUCUGAAACAACUCUGACUCAAUCUGUAGAAGAGAAUAAGGAAUCUCAAGUCGAGGAACAAAAGCCACUGCAACAAAAGAUUGAAGGUAUCAAACCAGAAAUGAUAGAAACCCCGGCUAAUGAAAGCACAGAGCUUCCUGAAACAGCGGUAGAAGUGAAACAACCAGAACUAAAUGAGUUUGGCAAAGAAGUUGUACAAGAAUCUCAGCAGCAGCUGGCUGAUGAAAGUCAAGAAACUAAGGCUAUUGAACAAUUAUCAGUUUCUGAAGUCAAAUCGGCUGAAGAACAAACUGAGUCAGACAAAAUUCUACCAAAUGAUGAAACACCAGUAUCAAAUGAGGCAGUUUUAGAUCUUAAGCAAGCAGAACUUAUUGAAGAUGUUACACCAACUGAAACAACCUCAGCUCAGCCUACAGAAGGUAUUGAACCCUCUACAAACUUAGAGGGCUCAGUAGAACAGCAAGCAACAAUUGACAUCGAAGAACAAAAACCACUUGAAGAAGAGAUUAAAGAUGUCAAACUGGAACAGAUUGAAGCACUGGUUACUGAGAGUGUACAAGUCUCAGAAACAUCAACAGAAGUGAAACAAUCGGUGGUGGAAGAAUUAGAUAAGGCAGUAAUACAAAUACCUCAAGAUCAACAAGUAAAACCAGGUUCUGAAGUAGAAUCUGGUGAAGCCAAACCAAUCGCAGAUGCAGAAGUGGUUGAAUCAGAAAAAUCAACGACUACAGAAGAUGCAGUCAUAAUUAGUGAUACUACCUCAAAAUCACUUCAAGAGGAAACUGAACAACAACCAGCAAAUAUUGCCUUCGACACCCUUACACACACCAUUGAUCAAUUUUUGUCCGACGAAAUAGCCAGUGUAGUCAAACAAUUGUCAGAAGCGUCUAACAAUACAGAACUUACUGAAUCCUUACAAUUAGCACAAGAACUUCAAAAUAGUCUAGAUACUAGUCAAACAAAGCCAGGUGAUAAACAAGCACAAUUGGUUCAAGACUUAAACAGUUCGUUGCUGACAUUGCAACUGGUAGCACUAGAGAGUGUAGAACAAUCAGACCUAGUUGUUAGCAAGGAAUCGUUACACAAAGUCCUCGAUGUCGCGGAGUCUUUUGCUAGCAAACUCGAUACUCUCCUAUCAUGCUCAGUGCAGCAGGUUAAUGAAUAUUAUGAUGUAGCCAAUGAAGCAAAAGUGGAAGAAUCUGAACCCGAUACUAAAACUCAAGUCCGAAAUACAGAAGAAACAAUUGAAACUGUUACAUCGCAGAUUUCACCUGAUCAGACAAAUGGAGAAGUUAUUAACAAUGGUGCUGACGGUGUUCCUGCUACGGAGGAGCAAACCAGUGGUCUAAAAGAAGAAGAUAUGAAUACCGCGACAGCAUCUCGUAGUGAAAUCAUAGAAACACUACUAAUAGAAUCUGCUAAGACGAUAAUGAUUCCAGUAGUCGGUGACGUCCUAAAUGAAGAUGUGCCAACCACACCCGAUGUGCUUGCUGUAGAAGCAGACAAAGGUCCACUUGAAGCGUUAAUAAAAGAUACUACAGAAGAAAUUCAAACAUUACAAAUUAAAGAAGACGUGGACUUGCACAUUGAUUCCGAAUCAAUUGAGCAAACCAAUAAAAAGCCCCAAACUGAUGAUGUACAAUGUACUGAACUUAUAAAAACACCUAACUCUGAAACUUUAACAAUCGUAGAAGAUGAAGUAGUUUUAAGUAUUGAUAAUUUAGGCCAAAAACAAUUAGACACUGAAGUGAUAGAGACUACUGCUGAAGAAAGUACCACAGAAACAGACACUAAAGUCUUGGAUCCAAUGAAAGACAGUGAAAUAAAGACAGAUACUUUAACAUCUGAAUCAGAAAGUCAACAAGACAAAGAAUUAAAUGAAACUGAGGAAGGAAAACCAAUUCAAACCAUCUCAAGCCUUGCUGUUGUAGAAUCCAACGAAAAAGAAUCAGAUCGGGUUUGCAAUGACUUCCAAAUCGUACAGAAUAUGAAUGACACACCCUCUGAAAGCCUUGAAAGGACGUUAGAGGAUGUAUCUCCUAAACAGCAAACACAAGGUAUAAUAGACAUACAAACUGUACUGGAACCUACACAAAACGUAGAAAAAACUGAGUCUUUAUCUGAAGCAAUUAAUGUCGGAGAAGCCAUUGGUGACAUAACACAAGACAUUAACGUUAACGUAGAAACUAUGACGGUUACAGAUAGUAAUAAUUUAGAUGAACCAAUGAUUGUACAAUCUCUUGCCCCUAAUGAGCAUGAAACUCCUGUCGCUGCAGUUCAAUAUGAAUCUAUAGUGCUAGAACAAACUGUUCCUACACAAGAAGUAGAACUAGUUUUGUUAGAAAAUGUGAUUGAUGAAACUCAUUCGAUUAUUUCUGAGCAAACCAAUUUAGUUUACAAUGAAGCAAGGGAAUCGUUCCAACCUUUGCUUUUUGAGUCUGUAGCCUCUGUAGGAACAGAACUCAAAGAAGUUGUAAACCAAAAAAUCGAUGCUGAAAGUGUGGUGAAAGAUAAGGAAACGGUUUCUAUUACAUGUGAAAUCAUCAAAGAAGAUUCCAAAUUUACCAUUGAUGAUAAUUCAUGUAACAACAAUACGGUAAUAGCAUUAAGUCAGGAUGGACCUAUGGUCUUAGGAUCUUUGUCGCCUAUGGAGGAAGUGACACCAUUUGUGGCAGAUCAGCUAACAGAGACAGCGGAUAAGGUCAUUGCAGUUCUUGAAAAUGAACCUAUCCUUCUAGAGCAGGCUGAGGCAAAUGAAGCUCAAUGUACUAUUUCAACAGAAGCUUAUGACCUACCCAAGACUACGGUACCUUGCGAAAGCUGUGUGGUAAUGGUAGAAGAAUCUGUAAAUCUUAUAGAAGUUCAUCCUGACAACGUAACAGUUAGUCAAGAUAAAAUUUCACUAGAAUUAAAAAAUAUCAGUCAAGAUGCUCCACCUGUAAUCUUGGAUUCCUUGACACCCAUCGAAGGAAUUAAACCAAUCAUCGCAGACCAAUUGACUGACACAACAGAAAAAAUCGUAGCAGUACAUGAAAAUGAACCAAUUGUUCUAGAACAAGCUGAACCAAAUGAAACAAAAGCUACUGUUUCAACAGAAGAUUAUGAAAGACCUGAGACCGUUGUACCUUGCGAAACCUGUGAGGUAAUGACAGAAGAAUCGGUGAAACCUAUAGACAUUGAUUCUAACACAGCUGGUGCAGUAACAGCUACUAAAAGUGACAUCUCAUCAGAAGAGAAAAGUAAUAUCAGUGAAUCUGAUAUGGUUAUUGCUGUAAGUGAAGAUUCUUCCCCUAUGAUUCAGGUAUCUUUGACACCUAUCGAAGAAGUAAAACCAUUUGUGGCAGAUCAGCUAACAGAGACAACGGAGAAGGUCGUUGCAGUUCUUGAAAAUGAACCCAUUCUUCUAGAGCAGGCUGAGGCAUACGAAGCUCAAUGUACUAUUUCAACUGAAGCUUAUGACCCACCCAAGACUGCGGUACCUUGUGAAAGCUGUGAGGUAAUGGUAGAAGAAUCUGUAAAACCUAUGGAAGUUCAUUCUGAUAACGUAACAGUUAGUCAAAAUGAAAUUUCACUAGAACUCAAAAAUAUCAGUCUAGAUGCUCCACCUAUAAUCUUGGAUUCCUUGACACCCAUCGAAGAAAUUAAACCAAUCAUCGCAGACCAAUUAAAUGAUACAACAGAAAAAGUCGUUGCAGUACAUGAAAAUGAACCAAUUGUUCUAGAACAAGCUGAACCAAAUGAAACAAAAGCUACCGUUUCAACAGAAGAUUAUGAGAGACCUGAGACCGUUGUACCUUGCGAAACCUGUGAGGUAAUGACAGAAGAAUCGGUGAAACCCAUAAUGAUAGAAGAAUCAGUGAAACCCAUAGACAUUGAUUCAAACACAGCUGAUGCAGGAACAGCUGCUCAAAAUGACAUCUCAUUAGAAGAGAAAAGUGACAUGGUUGUUGCUGUAAGUGAAGAUUCUUCCCCUAUGAUUCAGGUAUCUUUGACACCUAUCGAGGAAGUCAAACCAUUUGUGGCAGAUCAGCUAACAGAGACAUUAGAAAAGGUACUCGCAAUUCUUGAAAAUGAACCCAUUCUUCUAGAGCAGGCUGUGGCAAAUGAAACUCAAGCUACUGUUUUGACUGAAGAUUCUGAUAGACCAGAGACCAUCGUACCAUGUGAAAGCUGUGAGAUAAUGACAGAAGAAUCGGUAAAACCUAUGGAAAUUCAUUCCGAUAGUGUAACAAUUAGUCAAGAUGACAUCUCACUGGAAAUAAAAAAUAAUAUUAGUCAAGAUUCUCCACCCAUGAUCUUGAAUUCCUUGACAUCCAUCGAAGAAAUUAAACCAAUCAUAGCAGACCAAUUGACUGAAACAACAGAAAAAGUCGUAGCAGUACAUGAAAAUGAACCAAUUGUUCUAGAACAAGCUGACUCAAAUGAAACAAAAGCUACCGUUUCAACAGAAGAUUAUGAGAGACCCGAGACCGUUGUACCUUGCGAAACCUGUGAGAUAAUGACAGAAGAAUCGGUGAAACCUAUAGACAUUGAUUCUAACGCAGCUGAUGCAGUAACAGCUGCUCAAAAUGAGAUCUCUUUAGAAGUAACAAGUAAUGUUAGUGAACGUGAAAUGGUUAUUGCUGUAAAUGAAGAUUCUUCCCCUAUGAUUCAGGUAUCUUUGACACCUAUCGAGGAAGUAAAACCAUUUGUCGCUGAUCAACUAACAGAGAUACCAGAAAAGGUUGUCGCAGUUCUCGAAAAUGAACCCAUCCUUCUAGAACAGACUGUGGCAAAUGAAACUCAAGCGACUAUUUUGACUGAAGAUUCUGAUAGAGCAAAGACCAUGGUACCAUGUGAAAGCUGUGAGAUAAUGACAGAAGAAUCCGUGAAACCUAUAGACAUUGAUUCUAACACAGCUGAUGUAGAAACAGCUGCUCAAAAUGACAUCUCAUUAGAAAAUAAAAGUGAUGUCAAUAAACGUGAAAUGGUUAUUGCUGUAAGUGAAGAUUCUUCUCCAAUGAUUCAGGUAUCUUUGACACCUAUCGAGGAAUUAAGACCAUUUGUCGCUGAUCAACUAACUGAGACAAAAGACAGGUUUGUCGCAGUUCUUGAAAAUGAACCCAUUCUUCUAGAGCAGGCUGUGGCAAACGAAGCUCAAUGUACUAUUUCAACUGAAGCUUAUGACCUACCCAAGACUGCGGUACCUUGCGAAAGCUGUGAGGUAAUGGUAGAAGAAUCUGUAAAACCUAUGGAAGUUUCUUCUGACAACGUAACAGUUAGUGAAGAUGAAAUUUCACUAGAACUCAAAAAUAUCAGUCAAGAUGCUCCACCAUUGAUCUUGGAUUCCUUGACACCCAUCGAAGAAGUUAAACCAAUCAUCGCAGACCAAUUGACUGACACAACAGAAAAAAUCGUAGCAGUACAUGAAAAUGAACCCAUUCUUCUAGAGCAGGCUGUGGAAAAUGAAACUCAAGCUACUAUUUUGACAGAAGAUUACGAAAAACCUGAGACUGUGGUACCUAGUGAAAGCUGUGAGAUAAUGACAGAAGAAUCGGUGAAACCUAUAGACAUUGAUUCUAACACAGCUGAUGUAGUAAUAGUUGCUCAAAAUGAUAUCUCAUUAGAAAAGAAAAGCGAUAUGGUUAUUGCUGUAAGUGAAGAUUCUCCCCCUAUGGUCCUGGUAUCUUUGACACCUAUAGAGGAAGUAAAACCAUUUGUCGCAGAUCAACUAACUGAGAUACCAGAGAAGGUUGUUGCAGUUCUUGAAAAUGAACCUAUUCUUCUAGAGCAGGCUGUGUCAAAUGAAACUCAAGCUACUGUUUUGACAGAAAAUUAUGAAAGACCUGAGACCGUUGUAUCUAGUGAAAGCUGUGAAAUAAUGGUUGAAGAGUCAGUUGAGCCUAUGGUAAUCGGUUCUGGUAAAAUCGACAAAGCAAGUGAUGCUAAUGACUUGACGGUUACAAAAGAUGAAAACAUCCUUGAAGCAAUAGCUGCUGCAGAUGAGAUUUUACAACCAAUGAUCUUUGACUCCGUGAGUCCAAUGGAAGAUUUAUUCUCAGAUACACUUGAUGAAAGUGAUAAAAUUGACUCGGAUCUAAUAACUAGUGAAAAUAUAAAGGAGCCUACUAAUGUACAAGAAGCCUCUGAAUCUCUCAUUCUAGAAUCUGAAAUGCCUCUCGAAGAAAUUCCGCAAUUGUGUGCAUCAAUAUCUAAUGAACUUAUUUGUGAAUCUCAAUUAAUAGGUACUAAUACAUCGCCAACUGUAAUGGAGUCAGUAACACCUGUACAAGAAACAAAUCUAGAAUAUGCUCUACCAGUUGUAGAAGAUCAGAUAAAGGAGCUGAAUGCCCCUCAAAAGAACGAAAUUAUAGCAUCGGAAACAGCUUGUUUUGACGGUACCGUUGCCGAAUCUUUAGUAGAAUCAAAUGUAGAGGUACAAAAUGCCUACAGUGAAAACGUGCAACCCAUAGUUUUAGAAUCAAUGUCACCGAUUGAAGUAACUAACAUAGUUGUUUGCCUGAAUGAAAAAUCUCAAGAUCAAAUUGAUAAAAUAUCUCUUCAAGUAACCGAAACUACUAGCCCAAUAAUAUUAGAACAGCUGGUAUUAAUUUCAGUUACAGAACCAGUAGUUGCCACUUUGCAGGAACCUAACGAUGAUGUUGUGGAAAACAAUGUAUCUAUUCAAACUGAAAUAACCACUUUAGAACAAAUAGAAGAAAAUGACAAAGUACCCGCUCACAGUGUAGAGCAGCCAUUCGAAAACAAUGCAGUCAAUGAAAAUGAAUUACAAAUAUUAGAAGAAGUUACACCAAUUUUAGAGAAUCUUUCGCAAGAAACACUAAAUAUAAAUUCUUAUAAAGAAACUCCUGAAGAAACUAAUGAAAGUUAUUUAUUGAACACACAAUCUCUUAUUCUUGAAUCUGCAACUCCCACUGAAGAAAAAGAAAGUGAAUUAUUUGCGGUUCAAUCUACAGAAACCUCCGAACAGUUUGUGCUAUGUCAGCAAACUGAACCAAUUUGCUUAGAAAGUGUUGGUUCUGAUAAACUUGACAAUUUCGCGACACCGCUUAAAUCUAUUGCUAAUGAGAACAUAGUUACUAAUGAAGACACAAACCCUGUUAUAUUAGAAAACGUAACAGUACAAAACAAACAAGAAUUAGUAGAAGCAGCAGAACUUGAGACUAAUGAGCAAAUGCUUUCUAGUCCUGAAGUUGAGCUUAUGCUAUUAGAACAAAUUGAUGAGAUUAUUGAAGAUGCCAUUAACACUAUUGAAUAUGGAAGAUACACUUUCACUGAAAAAAUUCCUUCACCUAUUUUACAGCAAACUUCAAAUACAGAACUUCUCAAACCUGAUUCUGAAGAACAAAUCUAUAAUGAACCUAUACAAAUAGAAUCGCACAGCGAAGAAAUAUGUAAAGAUUUGAACUCUGAAAUCAUACAACCAGAAGACAACAAAAAUGACACUUUGAAUGAAAGUAUAGAUAGCAAGUCAAUUAUUCAUCAACCAAAUGAUGAGUCGGCGUUUUCUGAAAUUAUGGAAUCGAUUGAAAAUGAACCUGAUCAGAAAAUGUUAACAGAUGGACCUUUAUUACAUCAAACCGUUCAAACUGAUGCCGCUGUUUCUUUAGUAUCAGCACUUUCAGACAUCUUUUCUGUAGAUCAUGAAAGCAUAUCCGAAACCAUGAAUAUUAAUGAAGCCGACGUAUUAAGUUCUGCAACAGACGUAUUUGACUCGGCAAUAUCAAUAGAUGACUUCUAUGAAAGGUCAUCAUUGAUGAAUCCGAUAAUUUCUUGCUCAGAAUUAUCAAUUUGCACUGAAGUUUCUCAUCCAUUAAUUUUUGAACCAUUAACGCCUAUAGACGACAAAACUUCACCACAAAUUGAGACAGAAAUCGCCAAAAGCGACCAAGAACCGGUCGUAAACGGGGAAGAGAAAUCAUUGAAGGUUUUGACGGUCAAUGAUAUCAGUAAUACUUUAAUAUUAGAAUCCGUUUCACCAAUGGAAAUACCAAAUAAACAAGACGCACAUAUUUCUGAUUCUAAGGACAUUCCGACAGAAAUACAUACACCAACUCAAGAAGUUACUAUCGUUUUUGAAAAAGAAGCUGCUCUCAAGACCAUGGCUGAUUCUAAAAAGAUAGAAUCGUUAGCUGAUGUAGAAAAUGAGAGUAUGCCUGUGAAAACUUUAAUUACAGAAGAGAAUUUGUUGCAAGACUCAAAAUCACUUGUUGAAAAUUUUAAUGUUAACUUAGAAUCUCCAGUAAAACUGGAAAAAGACUUAGAUGAUACUAUGAUGCAUAGUUUUGUAGAAAACACUGAAAAAACUGCUCUUGUUCAACACAUUAACGACUUUAUAUCAGAAGAAACAUCAGGUUUAGUAUCUGCAAUCUCAACGUUGACAGACGCUCAGGAAUUAAAAGAGUCCAUUGAACUAGCAAAAUCCUUGAAAGAGAGUAUAGAAAUAGUUGAAGUAAGUGAAGAGCCCGGCUUACUGGAGGACGCUAAAGUAGAACAGGUUAAAUUGGCUCAAAAACUACAAGAUUCUUUGAUAACGUUACACAAUAAGGCUUUGGAGAGUGCUGAGGAUAUCGGUUCGACGGGUAAGCAAGAUGCUCUUCAAAAGGUAUCUGAAGUUAUCACACACUUGCAAGAAGAUUUAGAAAAGGCCAUCAUCAUAUCACCAGAGGUGCUCCAGGUUGCGGAUAUAGUUGAAAUCCCCGAUGAGCAAAAUUCAAUGAAACAGCUUGAAGUAUUGCUCCAAGAGGUAACGGAUAAGAUCAAUAUUCCAACAGUAAGAGAAGUUGAAGAUACAGAAGCCUUACAAAACGCUUUAGAUGAAGUCCAAACGGUGAUUAUUAAACUGAAAUGUGAUUACGACGGAGCUGCAAACGACACUUUGAAUGAAACUCUUGAAGAUUUAGAGUGCAGUGUAAGAAGUGUACAAUUGCAAAUAAAUGAAGAUAGUCCGCCAGAACUACUUAAAGACGCUUGUGCGACAUUAAAGUUACUUGUCAACAAUAUGAGUGAAACUCAAGAAGUCCAGGCUGCUGAAACGGUAUCAGUGGAGAUAAACAAUGAAAACAUCCUCGAGAAAUGUUCCAGUGAAUCGAAUGAAACGGUGAAACUCUUAGAAGAAGCUUGUAAAGUUGAUGCUAAAAAUGAAAAUCUGGCUGCUAUAGUAUCCAGCUUAAAUAAUCUUAAGGAUACAAUCAAAACGCUGAAACUUAGUUUUGGAAGUAACGCUGAAGUUCUCAUAGAAAAGGGAGUUGAUGUCAUUCAAACUCUUGACCAGUUAGAAGACAAAGUAUUCUCGCUUGAAAAAGAAUUGGCUGAAGUUAAACUUAGUACAGAGACCAGAGAUCAUAUACUCACAGCAGUUCAUUCUGUUUACGGAAGUAUAUCUAACAUGCGAGGUACAAUGUCUAGCAUACAAAAGAGAUAUAUGUUUGAAAACUAUGGUAAACCGUCGGAAACUUUAUUAAAAUCCAUUAAAAAUAUAUCAGUCAUUACUGAUAUUGAAAAGGAAGACCAAACUAAUUGGAAAUCAUUCACAAAAUCACUUCGUAAGGUAUUGAAUCAUUUCGAAGAUAUCAAAUUUUACAUUAAUCUAGAUAAAACGGCCAGACUGCCAAGCGAUGCAGCGUUUACGAAAAUCAUACUAGAAGAGUUAAAAAGUAAUAUCUGUGAGGUACUAGUACCAAAAGCUUCAGUAUUAGAUGCAGAAGCAGUAACAAAAGUAAAUGAACUUAUAGAAUGUGUGAACAAAUGCCUUACAAACAUGGAGUCAAAGUCAACUCUAGAGGUGAAGGAAAAGAUUCCAGUCUUCAAAGAAAUCUCGUCACAAAUACUUAGUGUAACCGAAUUAAUAAAAACGAAAAUAACUGACAAAAGCAAACAAUCCAUAGCGGAAAAACAAGAGCCUGAACCAUUACAAGAACAAGAUAUUUCACUAGAGAAAGUACAGCAAGAAGUAAAGACAGUGACUACUGAAAGAAAGUCAGGUGUGAAAUUCGACGAAGCUAGUACAUCUCAGGCUAAAGAACAAAUAGAAAAGUCUGAUGAAGUACAGGAAACCGCAAAACAAACUGAUGUCGAAGAUACCAAAACUAAAAAGACUAAAGCACGCAAAACGGUCAUGAUUCAGGAGGUUGAUAUGAAUGAGGUCCAACAAAUUGCUACCGAAUUAGUAGAUGAAAUAGCUGCACAAGCUAUCAUAGCUGUACAGAAUUUGGAAGCAUUAGGUAUGUUAGGAAAGGAAACAACAUUACCUGAAACUGAAGUAGAAGAUAUGGAAGACGAGACUAUCCAAACCGCUGAAAGUACUGAAAUCAAUGUAGAGGAAAGUGUUGUAACGGAAGAACAGACCUUAGCUACUGUUGCAGCAGAGGAAACUGCAGCUGAAAUAGAAUUUCAGGUAGAAAGUCUAGAAGUACAAAAAGCAGACCAACCGUGUACUACACAAGAUGAACAAACACCACUAGAACCAUCUGAAGUGGAACCUACGGCUUCAACUUCUGCUAUCAAGACUGACAAGGAACAAGAACCAACUUCACAAAAGACACCUGAAGAUGAACCUUCUGGAAACAAAUCUCAAAAAGAGUCUACUUCACCAACAGAGGAAGUUCAAGAAAUAAAGGAAGAACAAGAUUUGGCUAAAAAGAUCCAAGAAGAAGAAGAAGACAAAACAUCUACAAAAGAGGGAGAGUCUCUUGACUCGGAAAAGCUUUCUGAAAAAACUCAAGGUCCUUCAACGAGCGUAACAUCAGGAUCUCCAAGCUCUAAAGUUUCUGCUACUGUGGAAGAAGAAAGUAAGAAAGAUGAGCAAGAAAUUGAAGAAAGUCAAAAAGAUAAGGAGAUUCAAGACCAAACAGAGGCAGAAUUGCAAUCGGUGGAGGGUUCCACAGAAACUAAAGAUGCGGACAUUCCGAAAGAUGUCCCGGCUGAAGUUGAAUCUAAAACCGAAAUUGAACUAGUGGAAACUCAAGAAAAAUCGGAGAACGUCUCUGAAGUAGAACAAAUGUCACAGUUAGUACAAGAAACUACAGAUAAAACUGAACCCGAAUCAAAGAAAGAGGACGUAGAUCAAGAUGGUAAAAGUAAGGAACUUGUUCAGAAAACUGAGGAAAAACUAUCGGAAACAAAGACAGAACAAGAAGUAGAAGCUUCGACGUCAGAAGCUGAUAUAGAAUCAAAGCAAAAAGAGGCAACUGAAAAGAAAGAUUUGGACCAAGCUGAAACACUUCAAAAAGAGAAUGUGGAAACUCUGAAGAAAUCACAAGAUGAAGUUAAAGUUGAAUCACCGGAAAUUCAACAAAGUAAACAAGAAGAACAAAGUAAAGUAGAUACAGAAGACAAGCAAAAGAUAGAUGAAGAGAAAUUAAAACCAGAUACUAAACAAAACGAAACAAAGAAAGACGACCAGGUAGAGUUGAAAAAACAAGAAGAAGUACAAUUAGAAUCGGAAGUUGUACAAAAACAAGAGACUAAAGCUGAAGUAACGCAAAAAGAAAUAUCAAUUGAAAAAGAAGAAACUGAUAAGUUAGUCUCUAUAGAAUCACAACAAGAAGAAAAACAACUAGUAGAGCUAGAGACUGAACAAGAAUCAGCAAAAUCAUCAUCAGUCGAACAACAACAAAAGGAAGAAGUAAAAGAUAAAGUAGAAACAGAAGUAACACAAAGUACAGAAGUGAAAAAGGAAGAGAAAAAAGACACAGAAGAAAAGAAAGAUUUAUUAGAAACGCAAACAAAACAACAAGAGGAAGAAGAACAAGCAAAGGUAAAAACUGAAAUAAGUGAAGAGAAAGAGAAAGUUGAAAUGGCUAAGGCAGAAGAUGAACCAAAACAAUCUGAGAAAAAAGUAAAGACAGAAGCCGGAAAGAAAGAAAAAGAAACUAUACUUGAAGCAGAAGAGAAACAAGCUGAAGUACAAAAACAAGAAGUGGCACAAGAAACCACGACAUUAGAAGUAGAAAAGACAGAAAAGGAUGAUGAUAAAGUAAAACUAGACGCGGAAAGUAAGCAAAAAGAUGAAGUUGAAAAACAACUAGAAACACAACAAUUAGAAGAAGCUAAAUUAGAAGCCGAAAAGAAACAAGAAAUUGACAAAAAACGUAAGGAAGAGGAAGCUAAAUUAAAGGAGGAAGAACAAAAAGCUAAUCUGGAAGCUGAAAAGAAACGAAGCGAUGACGAAAAGGAAGAAAAGGCUAAGUCAGAUGCCGAAAAGAAACAAAAGAAAGCAGAAAAAGCUGAGAAGAAACGUAAAGAGGAAGAAGAGAGAGCAAAACUUGAAGAACAAAAUAGACAAGAAAAGGAAAAACAAGAGGCUGAAGAGAAAGUUAAAAACGAAGAAAAAUUAAAAUUAGAAAAUCUUGAAGCUGAAAAGAAACAUAAGAAGCAAGAGCAAGCUGAACUUGAAGUAGAAAAAGCAAAACAAGAAGAUAAAACAGAACAAGAAAAACAAGAAGUCAAACAGACAAGUGGAGACGAAGAAGACAAAAAGUUACAAGCAGCACAGAAACAAGAACCACAUGAAACAACUAAAUUGGAAGAUGAACUAAAACAAGAAAAACGAGAAGAAAGUGUUAAAUCUGACAAUGAAAAGCAGGAGCAGGAAAAACUAGAGGCCAAGAAGAAACCCAAAAAGGAAGAAGACAAAGAUAAAUUGGAAGAACAAAAGAAACAAGAAGAUGAGACUAUGAAAUCAAUCAAAGCCGAAGAGGAACAAAAAGAGAAGGAACAAGCCACAGCGUUAGAAACAGAAAAAAUACAAAAGGAUGAAGAAAGGAAAUUGAGUUUCGAGGCUGAAAAGGAAGAAAAUGAAACAAAGGCAAAGGUAGAAACUGAAGUGAAACGUGAAGAAGAAGCAAAAUUAAAACUAGAAGCAGAUACAAAACAAACUUCACACGAAGAAACUUCUAAAUUGGAGGCAGAGAAGAGACAAAAGGACGAAGAAGAACAAGAAACAAAGAGGAAACUGGAAAUAGAAAAGAAAGCUAAAGAUGAACAAGACGAACAAUCCAAACUCGCAACAGAAAAGAAACAAAAGGAGGAAGAGAAGUCGCAAAAGAAAGCAGACAAAAAACGCAAAGAUGAAGAGGAACAAGCGAAAUUAGAAGCUGAAAAGCAACGCCAAGAGGAAGAACAGGCCAAGCUAGAAGCUGAAAAGAAACUUAAAGAGGAAGAGGAAAAAGCAAAACUCGAAGCUGAAAAGAAACAAAAGGAGGAAGAAGAAAAGGCUAACCUGGAAGCUGAAACUAAGCGCAAAGAUGAAGAAAAGAAACAAAAGAAAGCAGAGAAAAAACGAAAGGAGGAAGAGAAAGCUAAACUAGAAGCUGAACAGAAACAGAAGGAAGAAGAAGAAAAGGCAAAACUGGAAUCUGAAAAGAAACAGAAGGAAGAGGAAGAAAAAUCUAAACUAGAAGCUGAGAGUAAACGCAAGGAGGAAGAGGAAAGGUUGAAAUUAGAGGCGGAAAGAAAACAGAAAGAGGAAGAGGAAAGAGCUAAACUAGAAGCUGAACAAAAACAGAAGGAAGAAGAGGAAAAGGCAAAACUCGAAUCUGAAAAGAAACAGAAAGAGGAAGAGGAAAAAGCUAAACUGGAAGCUGAAGCUAAGCGUAAAGAUGAAGAAAAGAAACAGAAGAAAGCGGAGAAGAAACGUAAGGAGGAAGAGAAAGCUAAACUAGAAGCUGAGCAGAAACAAAAAGAAGAAGAGGAAAAAGCUAAACUAGAAGCUGAAAAGAAACGGAAAGAAGAGGAAGAAAAAGUUAAACAAGAAGCUGAGAGUAAACGCAAAGAGGAGGAGGAAAAAGCAAAACUAGAAGCUGAGAGUAAACGCAAGGAGGAAGAGGAAAAGGCAAAACUCGAAGCUGAAAAGAAACAGAAAGAGGAAGAGGAAAAAGCUAAACUGGAAGCUGAAAAGAAACGCAAAGAAGAGGAAGAAAGAGCGAAACUAGAAGCUGAGAAUAAACGCAAGGAGGAAGAGGAAAGAGCAAAACUAGAAGCUGAAAAGAAACAAAAGGAAGAGGACGAAAGAGCUAAAUUGGAAGCUGAGGAAGCUGAAACUAAGCGCAAAGAAGAAGAAAAGAAACAAAAGAAGGCGGAGAAGAAACGGAAGGAGGAAGAGAAAGCUAAGCUAGAAGCUGAAAAGGUACGCAAAGAAGAGGAAGAAAAAGCUAAACUAGAAGCUGAGAGUAAACGCAAGGAGGAGGAGGAAAAGGCAAAACUUGCAACUGAAAAGAAACAAAAGGAAGAGGAAGAAAAAGCUAAACUCGAAGCUGAGCAGAAAAAGAAGGAAGAAGAGGAAAAGGUAAAACUCGAAGCUGAAAAGAAACAGAAAGAGGAAGGGGAAAAAGCUAAACUGGAAGCUGAAGCUAAGCGUAAAGAUGAAGAAAAGAAACAAAAGAAAGCAGAGAAGAAACGAAAAGAGGAAGAGAAAGCUAAGCUAGAAGCUGAACAGAAACAGAAAGAGGAACAAGAAAAGGCAAAACUGGAAUCUGAAAAGAAACAGAAGGAAGAAGAGGAAAAAUCCAAACUAGAAGCAGAAAAGAAACGGAAAGAAGAGGAAGAAAGAGCGAAACUAGAAGCUGAGAGUAAACGCAGAGAGGAGGAGGAAAAGGCGAAAUUAGACGCAGAAAGCAAACAAAAGGAGGAAGAGGAAAAAUCUAAACUCGAAGCUGAAAAGAAACAAAAGGAGGAAGAGGAAAAAGCUAAACUGGAAGCUGAAUCUAAGCGCAAAGAUGAAGAAAAGAAACAAAAGAAAGCGGAAAAGAAACGAAAAGAAGAAGAGAAAGCUAAACUAGAAGCUGAGCAGAAACAAAAAGAAGAAGAGGAAAAAGCAAAACUAGAAGCUGAAAAGAAACGGAAGGAAGAAGAAGAAAAAGUUAAACAAGAAGCUGAGAAACGCAAAGAGGAAGAGGAAAAGGCAAAAUUAGAAGCUGAAAAGAAACGCAAAGAAGAAGAAGAAAGAACGAAGCUAGAAGCUGAGAGUAAACGCAAGGAGGAAGAGGAAAAGGCAAAAAUAGAGGCGGAAAGGAAACAGAAAGAGGAAGAGGAAAAAGCUAAACUGGAAGCUGAGGCUAAGCGCAAAGAAGAAGAAAAGAAACAAAAGAAAGCCGAAAAGAAACGAAAAGAGGAAGAGAAAGCUAAAUUAGAAGCUGAGCAGAAACAGAAGGAGGAUGAGAAAAAAGCAAAAUUAGAAGCAGAAAAGAAACGGAAAGAAGAAGAGGAAAAGGCAAAACUCGAAGCUGAAAAGAAACGCAAAGAAGAAGACGAAAAGGCAAAACUCGAAGCAGAAAAGAAACAAAAAGAGGAAGAAGAGAAAGCAAAACUGGAAGCUGAAAGGAAACGCAAGGAGAAGGAGGAAAAAGAAAAACUAGAAGCAGAAAAGAAACAGAAGGAGGAAAAGGAAAAAGCUAAACUGGACGCUGAAAAGAAACGCAAAGAAGAGGAAGAAAAAGCAAAACAAGAGGCUGAAAUGAAACGCAAAGACGAAGAAAAGAAGCAAAAGAAGGCGGAAAAGAAACGGAAGGAUGAAGAAGAGAAAUCAAAGUUGGAGGCUGAUAAGAAACGUAAAGAAGAAGAAGAAAAUUUGAGGCUCGAAACGGAAAAGAAACAGAAGGAAGAAAAUAAGAAAUUAGAAGACGAAAAGAAACGUAAAGAAGAAUUAGAACAAGAGGAGAAACUUAAAGCAAAAACCAAAUCUGAAAAACUAGAAAAAGAUAAAAGAGCUGCUGAAAAGAAACGUAAACAAGAAGAGAAAGAAAAGCAAGAACGAGAGGUCAAGGCUCAACAAGAUAAGGAGGAAUUAGAACGGAAACGCAAAGAAGAAGAACGAUUAAGAGAGAAAGAACUACAAGAAGCAAAAGCAAGAGAGGAAACAUUGAAGCAAGAAGAAGAACAAAAAAGAGAGAGGGAUAAGAAAAGAGCAGAGAAACUAGAAAAAGAAAAAGAAGAGCAAAGAAUACGUGAAGAAGAAGAAAAGGAAAGAUUGGAAAAGAAAAGAAUUGCUAAAAAGAAACGGGAAGAAGAAGACGCACGCCUCAAACGAGAAUCCGAGGAAUUUGAAAAAUCUAGAAAAGAAGCUGCCAAGAAAAGGAAAGAAGAAGAAAAACUUCGACUUGCAAAAGAACAGGAGGAAUAUGAAAAACGAGAACAGGAAAUAAGAGAAACCGAGAGAAGAAUACGAGAAGAGAAAAGACGAGAGAUAGAGAAAGAUUUGAAUGAUACCAAACAGAAGCCUCUAACAUCAGGGGUUGAAGCUUCAUCAGAGUCGAGACCAAGAAACGGCGACAUUUCUGCAAAACGAGGAACGGACGAGGAUCAUUAUAUAAAGGAAUAUCACUACGAACCGACGAAGGAAAGGUCUCAAGACAGGGCCAAGUUUGUAGACCACAACCAUAGGGACUACACGAUGGAAUUCAUCCGACCAUCCGGCUAUAGAGAGAAGACGUUUGAGCACGAAAAGUUCUCAGAAAGAGAAAGUUUGGGUAGAAAUGCUACAAUAUACAAAGCCCAAACUAUAGUUUUGGAUUCACAGCUCAGAUCCUCUGUCCCACCACUGCCUGAAAGAAGUGAGUCGGAAAGACGCGAGAGGUUCGACAGAGGUGAAUCCGAGAGACGAGUAGACCGUCACAGAUCUAAGGCUCUAAGCGAAGCAAGGAGUCUGAUAUCGGAGAAGCGUUCUAGUCUUUCCAGGGAUCUGAAGAGAAAGCCGGUCUUUUCGACUUACCUUACUGAUCGUACUGCCGUUGAAGGUUCAAGAGUAAAGUUGACAUGCAGUGUUCUGUCUUCGAGUGAUCCGAAAAUCACUUGGUACAGGAAUGGCGUUCUUCUGGACAAUAAGUUAAAGUAUAAGACCAAGUUCCUUGAUGGGUUAAUAACUCUAGAAGUAUUGAAUGCAGUUGUGAGUGACUCUGCUGAGUACAGUUGCACUGUAGAGAAUGAGAAUGGAUCAGUCAAUAGCUCAGCUAAUCUGAAGGUGUACCCCAGCUUCGAAGCUUCCCCUAUACCGCCCACGUUUACGAGAUCUAUUCGUGACACGUACCACCUUGCUGAAAACGAAUUAGUUCUGGAAUGCCGAAUUCGCGGUCAACCUCUUCCCACAAUAACUUGGCUGAAGGAUGAUAGACCAGUGGCCACCAACGAGAGAUACCAAGCCUACUACUUGGCUGAUGGAGUCUGCAGGCUGGCCAUCAGCUCCCCAACACCAGACGACAGUGGAAAGUACACCUGCAAGGCUGAGAACUCAGUGUGGAGUGAUCAGAUCACCCAUGUUGUAAACUUCACCGGAAAAGAAAGUCGUCUAAGUCCAAACAUAGCUACAAUAGAACGUUCUCGUUUCAACCGCCAAGCGAUGGAGUCGCGGCGUCCUCACUUCACCAACGUACUCUCCGACUACAAGGUUGCUAAAGGCGGUACUAUAGGACUUCAAGUGGAGAUCAGAGGCUGUCCCACCAGGGUAGAAUGGUUGCGAGAAGGCCGAUCUGUCACUGAAGUGUAUAGAAACGCGAGAACGUUCGUGGAACAAGGUUUAUAUACAUUGGCAUUGUCUGAUGUAACGGAGAAAGAGUCAGGAAUGUACACCUGCAGGGCUUGGAGUACUCAUGGUAAUGUUGACAUGAAUGCUGCUAUCACUGUGGUGGCGAAUGAAGUUGAAGGCAAACCUGCCAUCAUCGCUGGAAGACCAGAGAAGGAUAUUCUCAUUUCUGUGGGUGAAGAUAUCAAUAUUUCCUUCAGAGUCCAGGGCGAGCCGAAGCCUAAAGUGGUCUUCAUGAAGGGCAUUAGAGACAUCACAACCAACCAGCGAGUGUGCAAGAUGACAUCAGACGAUUAUGUCAAGUUCACGCUGAAGAGGUCGGUGGUGUCUGACGCCGGUACCUACUGCAUCCUCGCCAGGAACGCGUAUGGCUGCGACCGGGCCUUCGUAACUGUCGUGGUGAGACAGCGAGCGUCAUCAGACAACUUAAUAUCGGACUGGACGUAUCCUAUGGACGAUGCUGCCGUCUCAGUCGCUGAGAGGAAGUAUAAAUCCGUGCCGGACCGCAUCCCGGGUGAGCCGAGCGUCGUGGACGGAGGCAACAACUGGGUCUCUCUCGCCUGGCCGAAAGCCGACCCUCGCGACACUGCUCCAGUCCUCGCCUACAAGAUAGAGAGCUGGCUUCUGGGGAAAGAAGGCGGCGCGCGCUGGGUUGAACUCGGAAUUACUCCGCUAAAUUCUUUCGACGCUUUCAACUUAAAACAAGGAGAAGAAUACCACUUCCGAGUGACUCCUAGGAACAGAUACGGGUGGGGCGAGUCUGUGCAGACUUCCUCUCCGGUCGGCAUCGGCCUGGCUGGUGACAGGCCGGAGUUCGUGGACAUUUUGCCCGGACAACUGAAGGUGUUAGCUGGCGAGACGGCGAACCUAAGCUGCAGUGUGAAGGGCAAGCCGUUGCCUGAAAUAGUUUGGAUGAAGAAUGGGCACGAGAUCGAGGAAGAGAGCCGGGUGACGACGUUGUACAACGGUCAAGAUUGUUCGUUGACCAUCAAGGACAUUUGCAUCGAGGAUGAGGCGCGGUACAGCUGCGAGGCGACCAACGUCCACGGCCGGGCCUCCACGUACGCGAGGCUGGCCGUCGUCACCGACAGACUGAUAUGGGAAGCCGAUGCUAAGCUUAAGAGAGAGCGAUCCCAAGAUGCCGAAGGCGACUACCCACCACAGUUCACGAUGCGGCUUCGAGACCGGCGGGUGCAAGCGACCUACCCGGUCCGGCUGACCUGCCAGGUCGUCGGCAACCCUCCGCCGACCCUCACAUGGUUCAAAGAUGGAGAACUGCUGGUGUUUGAUAGUCGCCGCACCAACUACCAGGACGAGCAUUUCCACACAUUGGAGAUAGCCCCCACCACCCUGGAAGAUGGAGGGGUCUACGAAGCCAUGGCCAGGAACAGCUCCGGAGCCGUCAGCUGCAGAUGCAGCCUCGUCGUGGACAAGGGCAUCAGGGCAUACGUUGCUCCCGAGUUCUGCUGCGGUUUGGAACCCUUGUACCGACUGUCUGAAGGCGAAGAGCUCAGAAUAUCAGCAGUGGUGGAAGCCUACCCGUCAGUUGGAGUGACCUGGUACCGCGAUGGAGUCCGCUUGCGUCCUAGUCGACGCGCCAUCAUGACAUUAGACCGAGAUGGUCAAAUAGAACUGGCUUUGGCAGCUGUGACUGGAAGAGACGCUGGAGUGUACACCUGUACGGCUUCCAAUGAGGUGGGACGAGCGUCCACGUCAGGGAAGGUUGAAGUGAUUGAAGGAGAUCAGCCUAGAGAGAAGCGAACACCACCGGUUGUGAUCAAUGCUCCUGAUGAACCAUAUUCAAAGGAGCCAAUGUUCAUUCGCAAACCGCGGUCAAGUGAAGCCCGGGAGGGAGACACCGUCAUCAUAGCUUGCGAGGUCAUCGGAGACCCGAAGCCGGACGUCUACUGGCUGAGAGACUUCCUCAAGCCGGACUACUACCGCGAUGCGACCCACUUCAAGAGAGUGGGUGAUGGUCCAGAGUAUCGGUUCGAAAUACCUCACGCCAAGCUGGAUUACACAGGAGCCUACUCUGUAGUCGCCAGGAAUGUGCAUGGAGAAGCUAAAGCGAUCAUCUCAUUACAGAUAUUGGCUAAAGAUCCUUCUUCGACUGACGAUUCGCACAACGUGAGAUAUGGCCGCGUUGAUGUGAUACCUCGUUUCGAGAGAGAGCUGACGGACUUGCUGUCGUAUGAUGGUGAUGCGGUGGAGUUCGAGUGUCACGUCUCCGGCAACCCGGAGCCAGACAUCAGGUGGUUCCACUACAACGAGUUAAUACGUGACUGUCCGGACUUUGAAUCCACGUUCGAAGAAGGUGCCGCCCGGCUGAAGAUCAAGCAGGUAACUGCUGAGGAUGAAGGCACCUACUCCUGUGAAGCUGCCAACAAUCUCGGCAAGGCCACGUCUAGUGCUUGUCUUGUGGUCUAUCCUCCAGGAGAACCGAAUACACUCAGUCAGCGGCUGCGGCGUCCACCAGCACUGCUGUCUGCUGCCUCCACUCCUCGAUCCACUCCACGAAGUACGCCCGCCAGAUCCGUCUCCAGAACACCUGGCCCUGACGCUCGCCGUCUUUGCAGCCCGUCCCGACAAAUGGCGCCCUCAUUCUACACGUACCCCUUCAACAAGGUGGUCGAAGAGGGAGACCACGUCACAUUCAAAUGUGCGGUCAAAGGCCAACCGUCCCCUUGGACUACUUGGGACAAAGAUGGCAUCAUCAUAACCCCAUCAGCCAGAAUAACUAUGAGAGAAAAGGAUGAUAUGCUAAGAAUCCUUGAAAUUGAACAGGUUUCUAUUGAAGACGUGGGGAUUUAUAGGAUUACUAUUGAGAACGAGUUCGGGAGGGCUGAGGCGACUGCAAGGUUGGAGGUUAUAACGCAGAAGGGCAAGUUCUAUGGUGGAGUGCGGGCUUACAGUGCCUCACCAAGGAAGUCCCUCACUUAUAGGAGGUACCCGUCCGUGCCCAGACAAGACUGAAGACCAAGUUGGAUAUGAUCAUGAAAGGAAACACCACGUGUGGAGAUAUAUUUAUAAUAAAUGUAAUGAUUUUUUUUCUUUCUAUUGUAAUUUAUUUUCUAUGCAUUUUAUUUAUAAUUUUUUUACUAUUAUGAGUUAUUUUUUUUUAACAAAGUUACAAAUGUUAAGUUUUCUGUUUUCUUUCUGUUUGUCUAUUUAUAAGGUCAGGUUAAAGUAAUGAAAGAAUACGAACACAUUUUAGUGAUCACAUUUUGUAUUUCAUUCACAUUUAGAUUUUAAGAGAAAAUUUGUAGAUGCACUUAUAUCAUCAUUUUUAUACAUGAAAUAUUAAGUUUAUACACGGUGUAACAAAAAGGGGGUAUACACAUCAAGUGCACGGUUUCUAGAUAACAUAACAAACGAUACUGGAAGGGUUUUUUAAACUCAUGUUUUCAGGCUACCAAGUUAUGAAUUUAUCAACUUUUUUUAAAUUUUUGAUACGAAUUAAAAUUUGGUCGAUAGGUACUAGGCGAUCAGAUUUACAGAAGAACUGUUUCGUAAUUAGCGAGUCACCAACGUAGUGUUGUGACACGUUUGUAUGAUUUAUAAAACCAAGAACCAUGCGACACCAAGUAUUUGGUACCUAUCUGAAACUUUGUGUAGAGGUUCUAUUCAACCUGUAUUCUUCAGUGCUUCUUGAUGUAUAUGGGUAUUUUGUUACACGUUGUAUAUAGUACACAUAAAUUGAAAUUUUAUUUAAAUACUGACAAAGUUUACGAUUAAAUGUAUUGAAUAAUUGUA